CACAGAACUGAUCAAGUCCAACUACCUUCAACUGCAUUAUUGAACUUUGAAAAUGUCCCGACAGAUCAAAAAUGUCGUUAUCGCAGGGGCCACCGGUAACCUCGGAUCGCAUAUACUGACCGCAUUGGUGAGUCAUGGCAACUUCAAUAUCACCGUCUUGACACGCAGGACUGGUGCCACUUUCCCGGCUGGCGUCACGGCCAAGGUGGUGGAUUUCAGCUCUCCUGCGGAAUUAGGUCUUGCUCUUCAGGGUCAGGACGCCGUGCUCGAUGCAAUCUUCAGUCCCGACCCUACCAUUUCAAUUGGCUUGAUCGAUGCCGCGGUCGCUGCCGGAGUUUAUCGCUAUAUCGCCCCUGAGUUCACUAUCCAUCCUAAAUACGACAAGACACGGUCACUGCCCAUCUUCCGGGGCAAGGCGCAGAUCUACGAUCAUCUCCAGAAAAUCGCCAAUGAUAAGAAGAUUUCCUGGACCGCCAUAUCUAAUGGUGCUUUUCUGGACUGGUGUCUGCGAUCGAGCUUUUUAAAUAUUGAUUUGAUCAAGAAAAAGAUUUUGCUCAUGAAUGAUGGUACCUGUGUCUUUCCUUUGACCGUUCUUCCUGCCGUUGGUACAGCCGUUGCCAAUGCCCUGAUUCAAGCUGAGAAAACCAAGAAUAUGCACUGUUCCAUCUACAGUGUCCAAAAGAGUCAAAAGGAUAUUGCCGAUCUGGCAGAGGAGGCACUUGGACCCGAUAGCUGGGAGGUUAAAAGCCAGGAUAUGGAAAAGGCCUUUGAAGAAGAAUUAUCUGCCAUAGCCAUCGGAAACUACAGCUGGACGGUUGUGGGGGACUUAAUCCGGUAUUCACUCGCAACCCCGGGCUAUAAUGGAGUGUUUGAGCAGAAUCACAAUGAUCUCUUAGGCGUUCAACCCAUGAGCGAUGAGCAGGUGAAGGCUUUGAUCAAGGAAAUCUAUGAUGAGCUGAAGUCUGCUGCACACUAG